AUGCUUCAAGGUUACGGAAUCACUGAGACAUUUGGUGGUAUUGCUUACAGCUUUCCCUUUGAGGCAGAACCAGGUACUUGUGGAUCUAUUACUGUAACAACAGAAAUGAAGUUACGGGAACUUCCGGAUAUGGGUUAUAGAUUAGAUGAUCCAGAGGGUCCUCGAGGUGAAUUAUUAUUAAGAGGACCACAAAUUUUCAAGAAAUACUACAAAAAUGAAGAAGAAACUGUUAACUCUAUCGAUAGGAAUGGCUGGUAUGCCACCGGGGAUAUUGCUAGACUAUCAAAAGACCAUGGUAGAAUCUUUAUUGAUAGAGUUAAAAACUUCUUCAAAUUGUCGCAAGGUGAAUACGUCACACCGGAGAAAAUUGAAAACAAAUAUCUUUCUUCGUCCUCUGUUCUUAACCAAUUAUACGUUCAUGGUGAUCCAUCAAGAAACUUCUUGGUUGGAGUUGUGGGCAUUGACCGUGUGGGUGCAGUUCAAUUUCUAGUGGAGAAGUGUGACGUUAGAAGAGGCUUAUUAAGUUCGCCUGAACUGAUUUUAAAAGAGCUUAAUAGAAAAGAAAAUAGAACAAUAUUGUUGAACUUCAUGAAUGCGAAUUGCAGAGAACAAUUGCAGGGGUUCGAAAGACUUCACAACAUUUAUAUUGAAUUUGAGCCUUUAAGAUUGGAUAGAAAUGUCGUGACCGCAACUCAGAAACUUAAAAGACCUGUAGCUUUUAAGUUUUUCUCAAAGAAUAUCGAAGCUAUGUAUAGCGAAGGAUCUUUAGUUAAACCCAUUAAGCUAUGA